AUGUUACUGGUAUGUUAAACUAUAUAUUGUUGCCAGUGUUAGAUAUCUAGAAAUAUCAUUUCAUUCUGGACCUUAGCUGGUGACAAUAUUGAAUAUGUAUGCAUUAUACUAUAUUACUUUGUCUAUUUUUGUCUGUAAUUUUUUCCCAUGUAUUAUGAAUUGUAUUAAUGUUUCAUAAUCCAUGGAUUCAUUUUUUAUCGACAAUUGCAUUUAUAAUGGGAAAUUUGUCAAGUACUACAUGUAUAAGGAUAAAACAAGAUGAAUAGAUAGCAUAUAUAUAUAUAAUAAUAUCAAAAUUAGUUUUGUUUUUCCAGUCAUGCAUCAUACACUAGUGUGUACGCUCCUGGUCUCUGUAACAUUGUUUGGACUCCAGACAGAAGCCUGGUGUUGCUGUAAUUGUGCCGGAGAGGUCACUAAAGCAAACGACAGGUGUGAACGAGAGAAAAAGGCUCUGAAAACUGAAUUCGACAGACAAAUUAAAAAUUGUGGAAUUGAAAAGGUCAAAGAAGCUAAUGCCAGGUGCGAGAAGGAGAAAGAGGCUCUGACAGUUGAAGCUACCAGCAGGUGCGAGAAGGAGAAGGAUGCUCUGAGAGGUGAGGCUACCGCCAAGUGCGAGAAGGAGAAGGAUGCUCUGAGAGGUGAGGCUACCGCCAAGUGCGAGGAGGAGAAGAAGACUCUGAAGGCUGAUUUCACCAGACAAUCCUCAAAUAAGUUGAGAAUACUGGCCCGCCAGUUAUCUGACUGUCUGAAGAAGCCAGACUCGGGCACCUGUUCUGCUGACAAAUGUUUCUGGGAUUUGGUCAUCGAGAAAUGCAUUCCCAAGGAAUUGGCUUUGUAAAGAACUAAAAUAAAUGAAAUGAAAAGCCGAAAUCAUUAUAAAUUCUAAUUCAAAAAUUUAUCAAAAAUUUUUUAUUUCUUUCACCAAGAAAAUAUGCAUUGAUCACAUGAACAUGAAUUCAUGUAAUAUUAUAAUUUCCAACACAUUCAUGAUGGUAAUACUUCAUAGAACUUUAACUUGACAUUACACAUU